CCCUUCUUCUUCGUCCUUUUUCACACACACUUGCACUUAUUUUUCCUUAGACUCAAUCAUGUACGCCACUUUAAACAUACCUACAAUUCCACCCGUGAUUUUUUCGCCCCAAUCCCCUCCCAAAAUCGCCCUUUCCCCAAAUUCCGCUCGGUAUUCCGGCCGGAACAAUCGGAACCCGUGCCCAUCUGCCGUCUCGUACACGGCGGAGGAAUCUACCGCCGUGGGCACGGUCAGAGGGAGCUUGUACGAGGUUCUGAGGGUUGACCCAACGGCCACCUUGACAGAGAUUAAGAUGGCGUAUCGUGCCCUGGCGAAAGUGUAUCAUCCCGAUUUAUCAGGGGAGCGCACCCCAGACGGCCGAGAUUUCAUCGAGAUCCAUAACGCUUAUGCUACGCUGUCGGAUCCGGCGGCAAGAGCGGUUUAUGAUCUGUCUUUGGCGGCUAGUAGUAGAAGGUUAAGAAAAACGGCGUCGUUUGGUUCUUCGGGUCGGGGCGGAUUUUACCCGAGCCGGAGAUGGGAAACAGACCAGUGUUGGUAGCAUGUUUUUUUUUUUUUUUUCUUUCUUAAUUUGGGUGACCCACCCAUCCGACAUUGUUUUUUAAACAAGAAAAAGAUACUGAAAUUUUUUUAGGGGUUCAAAGAUAUUUUUGCAAUGUUGGGGGAUGCCCAUGUAAAUACGUUUUGUAAAUUAUAAAUGAGUAAAAAUACAUUAUUUUUUUGACUUUA